CAGUUUUUUUGGCAGGUUGGGGAGGGACAGAGAGGUGUGGUCACCAGCCUGCAAAACCGAGCCUCCCCUGCAGUUUGGUUGCAGUCUGCACUAGAGGGACAGAGGGACCGGGCGGACAGGUGGACAAGAGCACUACCUGUUUCCCCCGGUGGCUUCUUGCAGAGUGGCUUUGGCUGCCGUUUCCGCGUCUAUUUGAGUAUGUACGGCUCUCAAAAGGACCUCAACGUCACCCUCCGGCCCAGAGGCGACCGGACCCCGCAGAUAGGCAAUAAUGGAUACACUGAAAUAUACAGCGGCUUUUCUAAGACCUCCAUGGGAGGCGGCGGGGGCACCAUGUCGAGCAACAUGGGAGGCGGCAUGAUGAGCGGCAUGUCGAGCGGAAUGCUGAGCGGAAUGCCGAGCGGCAUGUCGAGCGGAAUGCCGAGCGGCAUGGGAGGCGGCAUGGUGAGCGGCAUGUCCGGCAGCAUGCGAGGCGGCAUGGUGAGCGGCAUGUCCGGCAGCAUGGGAGGCGGCAUGGGAGGCGGAAUGAGUGGCUCCGGCUCCAUCCACCAGAGGGCCAUGUUCCUGCAGGGGCAGUGCCAGGACUACCUGAAGAAAGCAGAAUACUCCCUUCAGACUGGCGGUGCACCGGGUGAUGCAGAGCACUACAUGUCCAAGGCUAAAGAAACCAUUGAUCAGCUGAAGAACUGCGCGGUGGACCUGAGACAGAUGGGACAACCCAGCGACAACGUGCUCCGGACUUUAGAUAUGUGCAGAGACCAGCUGAAGGGGGUCCACAUGGCCAUGACAGGCAGCCUGAGGAGGAGGAGCACCAGAGGGAGCUCUGGAGGCUGGGAGGAACCUGGACGGAGCUUCCAGGACGCCAUGGGAUGGAUUGCACAGCAGAAGCGUCUGCUUGAAACUGCUUCGUGGGGAGACGAUGCUGCAGCCAUCGACCAGCAGCUCGUCAGCCACCAGAGGUUUCACAACUCCAUCCAGCGGAGCCUCGAGGUGGACCAAGCCAAAGAAGACCUGGUGAGGAAAGGAGACAAGGGGAAUCUUCAUCUUCUGGAACAGGAAUGGGACAGUCUGCAGCAAAUGUCGUUCGGUCGUACCGAGCAGCUGAAUGACCUCAAGCGGCUCAUUCAGGAUAUGUCCAAAGAGAUCAUGUGGGUGAACGACAGGGAGGAGGAGGAGCUGGUGUUUGACUGGGGAGACAAGAACAUCGACCAGUACAUCCCACGGAAGCAGGAGAGCUACUCGCAACUGAUGAGCGCCCUGGAGGACAAAGAGAAGGACUUGAAUAAACUGAAAACCAAAGUGGAUACCGCCCUGAAGAACAGCCAUCCUGCUUCAGACAAGAUUCAGGCUUACCAGGACACUCUGCAGACUCAGUGGAGUUGGUUGCUUCAAAUCACCAAGUGCAUUCAUGUUCAUCUGAAGGAGAAUGCAGCUUACAGCCAGUUCUUCAAAGAGGCCAAUGAGACGUACAGCAUCCUGCAGAAGGAACAUGAGACGGUCCGUAGGAAGUUCACCUGCGACAAGGACACUUCACUGGAAAACCUGUUGGAGCUCCUCAGGGGACUGGAGAGGGAAAAAGAGAAGAUUAAGGAAAACAAGAGGCAGGUCAACCAUCUGGUCAGCCAGUCAAAGAACAUUGUGAGGCUGAAGCCCAGAAACCCUGAAGAGAAGAGCAGCAGCCCCAUCAUCGUCAAGGCUCUGUGUGACUUCAAACAAGACCAGAAGGUGAUCUGUAAGGACAAUGAGGCGAUCCUGAAAGACAACAAUCAGCGCAGUAAGUGGGAGGUUACAGGCCCCGGAGGACUGGACAUGUCGGUGCCCUCUGUGUGCCUGAUCGUACCACCUCCGAACCCACUCUGCGUCAGUCUGGCCAGCAAGAAUGAACAGUACUAUGAGGCCAUCCUGUCCAUCUGGAGUCAGCUCUACAUCAACGUCAAGAGUCUGAUCGCUUGGCAGUACUGUAUGAUUGAUAUCAAAAAGAUCAACUCCCUCACCAUGACCAUGCUCUCCCAAAUGCGUCCUGAGGAGUACCGACAGCUUAUCAAGAGCCUGGAGACUCGCUACGAGGAGUUCAGACUGACGAGCAACGGCUCCCAGAUGUUUACUGACGAGGACAAGAGGAGCAUCGAGAACCAGUUCACCGGAGCCCAGACCCACUAUGACCAGAUGGUGGUGCAGCUGCCUACUUACAGUCAAACGGAGGUAAAGAAAGUGAAAGUAAAAGUGGUCAAGACGGAGCCGUUGAAGAAGGCGAAGGUAUCCUCAACCUCCUCUUCCUUCUCCUCCUCCUCCUCCUCAUCCUCCCGCAGCUUAUCUGAGCUGCAUGCCCUCAGACUCAGGCUGGAGGCUGCAGAGGGCUCGCUGAGUCAGCAUGUUCACAUCUGCCUGGGAGACGACGGUAUCCAAGACUGCGGCCUCAAAAUCACUCAGUUAGAGACGGUGCAGCGUGACAUCGACCUGAUGCGCGAAGAGUACUUACGUCUGAGGGAUCACAUCUUGAAGGAACUGGGGGGCAUGAAUGACGCAGAUAAAGCCCAGUUCCUCCGUAGUGAGAUUGACAUCAUCAACGAGAGACUGGGUGGUUUGGAGAGCGUCUCAUCAUCUUACCUGAAGCGGCUGCAGGCUCUGAGGGACAUGCUGGCAAGCGUGGCUCAAGCUGAAGACAUAGUGAAAGUUCAUGAAGCCAGGCUGACAGAGAAAGAGACCACCUCUCUGUCGCCCAGUGAAGUGGAGGACUACAUGUUGACCCUGAAGAACAUCAAAGCAGAGCUGGAUCAAAAGAGGUCAGUUCUGGCCUCCAUGGAGGCGGCGUUGGCCAACGCCAGCCACUGGAACAGCCAGGUGGGUGGGCAGUUCCACAGGUGUGACAUAAUGCUGUCCAAAUACAACGACCAGGUGAACCUGCUGUCGGACCGCUGGAGACGAAUCGAAGGGCAGAUUGACACCAGACUCCAGGACUUGGAGGUGUAUCAGCCGCAGCUGCAGCACUACAAGCAAACCAGCACCUCCCUGAUUGACUGGAUUGGUGACACACGGAAGAAACAAGACACCAUGCAGGCCACCAAGAUAGAGAGCAUCCAAGAACUGUCAGACCACAUCAACAACCAGAAGUCCCUGAACUCAGAAAUCAAAGCGAAGAGGGAGACAGUCGACAAUGUGCUGAGGGAAAAUGAGACCUGUGUGAAUUCUAUCAAGGACUACGAAACAGACCUGGCCUCUUACACCUCGGGUUUAGAGACUUUACUCAACAUCCCUCUCAAACGUACAAUGCUGAAGUCUCCGUCGAUGGAUCUGAAUCUGGAAGCUACACAGCUGCAAACCCGUUACAUGGAGCUGCUCGCACACUCUGGUGACUACUACAAAUUCCUGGGAGAGCUGCAGAAAAACAUGGAACAGCUCAAGAUUCGUAACACCAGGAUUGACCUGUUAGAGGAAGAACUUCGGCUUCUGAGGGAGAGCAUGCAAGAGCGCAAUGCCAAAAACAAAUCCCUGGAAGACGCUGUUGCCCGUUUCAAGCUGGAGUUGUCCACUGCGCAGGACCAGCUGCUGACGAUGGAGGAGGUGAAGUCAAGCACUGCGCUGCAGAACAGUGCAGCCAUGGACACCGUGGACAAGACUCAGAGCCAGCUGUCAGACCUCAGUGAUGAGGUGGGACGUCUCAACUACUUGCUUGAUGAAGAAAAGAGGAAGAGGAGGCUGGCAGAGGAGCGCUACACCACGCAGCAGGAAGAGUACGACUUGGUGCUGAAGAAGAGGCAGAAGGAGCUGGAGACGGUCAGCAGGUCGAAGAUGGAGGUGGAGAAAAGUGAGGCCACUAAGGACCACGAGCUCGAACAGCUGCGGCGGCAGCUGGCUGAGAUGGCAGCAAGGAUCAAGGAGCUACAGAAGGAGUUGUCAAAGGUAAGGAGCCAAUGCAGUAUGGAGAUCAAUAACAUAAAGCUCAGCUACGAAUCCCAGCUCCAAGUCAGCCACACAGACAUCCAGAGGCUGGCAGCCCAAAGGGAGGAGGACACAUCUGAUCUCCAGCUGCAGUAUGACAGGAUGGAGGCAGAGAGGAGGAAUCUGGAGGACGAGCUCAGGAGGCUCAGGAUGUCCAUGAGCCAGACAGAGGAACAACUGAAUAGAGCAGAAGAAGAAGCCUACAGUCAGCGUGCCAUCAUCACAGAGGAAGGGCGCCGGAGGAGAGAACUGGAAAGUCAGGUGGAGGUGCUGAUCAGGCAGAGAGGCGAGGAAGGCAACAGGUUUGAAGAGGAUCUGGCUGAAGUCAUGAAGAGUCUGCAGGAAAAGAGUGAGGAGCUGACUUAUAUUACACACAGCCUGGAGGAGGAGACUCGCAGGAGGAGAACUAUAGAGGAAGGGAAGGAUGUUCUCGAACAAAGUCUUGCCCAGAUGCAGGUGAAGCUAACCAGUUCAUCAAAGACUGCAAACCAGCUUGGGGAUUGCAAGGAGGAGCUUCAGAAGAUGCGUUUGGAGCUGGACAGGGAGAGCAGGGAGCGAAGCAGAAUAGAAGAGAACAUGAGCAGGUUACAGGGUCGCAUGAAUGACCUCCUGGAAGUGAGAGAUGGGCUGGAGAGCCAAGUGCAGAAUCUGAGGAAGGCUAACCAAGAAGAGGUAUCAAAAAGAAAGCAGGUAGAAAAAGAGCUAGAAAACACCACCAGGGCCAUUACAGAGUACAGCACCACUGUCACCGCUCUACGCCAGACCCAAGAACAUGCCAGCAUGUCAGAAAAGAGAGGAGGAGAAGAGCGUCUUAGGUUGCAGGAGGAGCUGGAGAAAAGCUUGAAACAAAAUAAAACCUCUGCAGAGCGCACGUCACAGCUGAGCGCUGAGAUGAAGGCCCUGCAGCAGCAAAUGCUCCAGGAGCAGGCCAGAGUGAAAGAGGCAAACCUCAGGAAUGAGAGCCUGUAUAAGACCAUAGAGGAGAAGAGUAAGGCACUGAAUGAGUGGUCUGUGGAGCUUGAAAGGCUGAAGGAGAUGACAGAAACCCAGACUAAAGAGAGGCUGAGGAUGGAGGAGGAACUGAGGGCAACACGACAAGAUAAAGAGGAACUCCUGCGAUCCCAACAGGGACGUGAUGAUGAGCUCUCCUCCCAGAUUACCGCCCUGGAGCUGCAGCUGAAGGCCAGUGAACGCAGCAGUGUAGAUUGCCGCAGCCUGGUAUCAGAGCUCUCCUCAGAGAGGGACAAACUCAAGCUGGAGACUGAGCAAAUACAAAAGCAGGCCAUCGAGACAACAGCCACAAUGCAGUCUCUUCAGUCCCAGUACUCUGAGAUUGUGAGUGAGAGAGAUGAUCUUCUGCUCAAACUGCAAUUGUCACAAAAGGACAGAGAUCGCUGUCAAAGACUGGAGGAGGAACUCAGUCGCAUUAAAUUGUCCCAAGACUCUGAUCUUCGCAAUAAGCAACGUCUACAGGAGGAAUAUGAGAGGAUGAAGAGGGAUUCAAGUUACUGGAAGGACCAGUGUGAUAACAAGCAGAGUACAAUUAGGCAGUAUGACUCGGACAAGGAACGUCUGGAAAGGGAAAAGAACUCUUUGAAAAAUGAGAUAGAGAGGCUGAUGAGGGAACUCAGAGAGCUUGAAGAGACGUAUAAAAGCAAGCUGUCAGCAUUGCAAAAAGAGGCGCAAGAGAUGAGUGUUGUCAGAAAAACCAUGGAAACUGAGUUGUCAAGAGCUAGAGAGCCUCCAACCUUGGAUCCAUCCACUUUGGUUUUUGAUGGAGUCCGUAAGCCAGUCACAGAACAGCCAAUAACUGUUCAGGGGCUCAGGAACCAAGUGUCAGUCUUUGAUCUUUUGGAUGCAAACCUUUUAAACCAGUCAGAUAUGGAUAAACUGAGGGAAGGCAGAUUGACAAGCAAGGACAUUGAAGACCGCCUGGGGAGCUACCUGAGAGGUUCCACCUGCAUAGCAGGAGUUGAUGAUGAGAUCAGUGGCAAGGUGAUGUCCAUCUAUCAGGCCAUGAAAGAAGGGCUAUUGCGACCUCAGACCACUCUGGAACUGCUUGAGGCCCAGGCUGCCUCAGGGUUUAUAGUUGAUCCUGUUAACAACCAUUACCUGACCGUCAGUGAUGCCUACAACAAAAGACUGUUUGGGCCAGAGUUUAAGGACAAUUUACUAUCAGCAGAGAGGGCUGUGACUGGUUACAAACUGCCUGGCACAGACAAGAUUAUUUCCCUCUUUCAGGCCAUAGAAAGAGGUCUGGUGCAGAAAGGUCAAGGUAUUCGUCUACUACAGGCCCAGAUUGCCAGCGGUGGUAUCAUUGAUCCUGAACACAGCCAUCGUAUUGAUGUGAAUGUAGCCUACAAAAGAGGUUACUUUGAUCAGGAAAUGAACAAGAUUCUCACUGACCACAAUGCUGAUACUAAGGGUUUCUUUGACCCCAACUCAGAGGAGAACCUUACUUAUCUGGAGCUUAAGGAUCGCUGUAUAAAAGAUAAGAAGACUGGCCUCAUACUUUUGCCUAUCGCGGACAAGAGAGAGUCUACUCUGAAAAACACUCUCAGAAAGAGGAGAGUGAUAAUCGUGGACCCAGAGACCGAAAAAGAGAUGACCGUACGUGAGGCAUAUGACAAAGGGUUUAUUGACUAUGACACCUUCAAGGAGCUGUCCGAACAGGAGUGUGAGUGGGAAGAGAUCACCAUCACUGCUCCAGAUGGUUCUGUACGGUUCCUUAUCAUUGACAAAACGUCUGGAAAACAGUAUGAUAUUACUGAGCUGCUUGAAACAGGAGUAAUUCAUCAAUCAGAUCUAGAUAGGUACCGAUCACGUGCCAUCACUCUUACUGAAUUUGCAGACAUCAUUGGCCACAAGUCCAAACCUGGAUCAUUAUCAUCAUCAUCAACUUCAAGAUCAGCAACAGCCGCAGGUGCAUCUUCAGUGACAUCUUCAGUGACAUCAGCACCGACGUCAAGAACGAGUAUAUCGAGUGUAUCUAUCAGCCUGGCCUCUCCUGCUGAAACAGUGGGUGAACAAGCACCUGUUGGUGCCAUCUUUGACACUGACACUUUAGAAAAGAUAACCAUCACAGAGGCUGUAAAUCGCGAUUUGUUGGAUUCCAUCACAGCUCAGAGACUGCUGGAGGCUCAGGCCUGCACGGGAGGAAUCAUCAAUCCCACAAAUGGCCAAAGGCUCAGCAUCCAAGAGGCCGCUCGUCUGGGCAUUAUAGAUGACGACGUGGCUCCUAGGCUCAGGCCUGCCCAGAAAGCCUUCUUUGGCUUUGAGGAUGUAAAAACCAGGAAGAAGAUGUCUGCCGCUCAGGCCAUGAAGGAGAUGUGGCUGCCAUAUGAGGCGGGGCAGAGGUUCCUGGAAUACCAGUAUGUAACCGGCGGGCUUUAUGACCCAGAAAUAGGUGGUAGAAGAACCUUAGGAGACGCUGUGAAAAUGGGCUGGCUGGAUGAAAGAGCAGCCCAGAAGCUGCAAGAUGUCAGGCACCACGCCAAGAAUCUGACCUGCCCCAAGAGCAAACUUAAGAUCUCUUACAAGGAGGCUCUAGAUAACUGCUUGGUGGAGGAAGGCAAUGGGGUGAAAAUGCUCCAAGCAUCAUCUGUGUCUUCCAGAGGGAUCAGCAGUCCUUACAAUGUCUCCUCUGCCCCGGGAUCUGCCACCGGCUCCAGGAGUGGCUCAAGGCGAGGCUCCCGCAGGAGCAGUGUGGACCUAGGCUCCCCCAACUCUUCAUCAACCGGUCGCUACAGUCAUAGUAGCUUCACCUCCUUCUCCUCCACAUCAACCAAAUAAAUCAAGAAAAGGUUCUGCACAUUCAUGCUCUUUUCUUUCAAAUCAAUCAGUUUGUUAAGAGUAUAACGAUUGUUUAGAGAACAUCUUGUAUGUGUUGUUUAUGAGGAGAAAAAAGUACUACAAAGAUAAUGUUUUCUAACUUCUUCCAUAAUUUUAGAUUUUAGCUUUGGUGUUGCUCUGCUUUUAGAAUGCUACUUUUCAAAUGAUCGAGAAAAUUAACACUACCAAGAUUUUUGUUGUUGUUGUUGUGGAAAUUGACGUUAGUUAUAAUGGCAACCACUUAAAGGUACUCAGAUUUAAAAUAAAGUGGAUGUUACAAUUAUUGGUGCCCCUAAAAUAGACUUAGAAAGAGAAAGGAUUGCCAUAUUCUAUAUUACAAAGUUUUUACAGAUUGUACCUACUCUUUUUUAGGCUUUGUAUUGGCAACAUAUUGGUGUUAUGUUUACAUUUAUUUGUCAUCUGAAAUGCCUGUUUUGUAAAGUGAGGGAUGCAAGGUUUGGUUACACAUAUUGGCUUAGCUUAAUUUUUUUAAUGAAUCAGUUAUUAAUCAUUAGUAUUUUGCUAUGGAGUGCUUCCGGUUUUGUAAUAGCUUCUCAGUAUCUCAAAAUAAAAGCUAAUGUUUGAGUCUAUUGCUCAUAUGGAUUCACGUGUUCUUAUUCAUGCAACACUUUUGAUAGCUACAUCAGAAUCAAAGUCAAUGUGUUGACCAGUAGGCUUUCACAUAUAAGGAACGGUAAAGAAUCUUCCUUGGUAUUAAUGUGCAAUUAAAAUAAUAACAACAAAAAAACUAAGUGCUGCAAAGUGAAGUAACAUAAUUUAAAAUAAAAAUAUGAAAAAAGCUAUAUUUUGAAAAAAUGCACAUAUUUUUGAACCCAAGAGCUUUACAGUUGCUUUCAAAAUUUGCAAAAUGUUGUCAAGAAAUGUGCAAAAUUUCACAUUUCAAAGUAUAAUCUAUACUCAGUUUGUAGGUAUUCUAGUUGUUUUAAGAGCCCAGAAUUUAAAGGGGGCCUUAAUUCUACGACUGUAUUUACUCAAAAGUAUUUUAUCUUCAUAGAAAAACAUACCGUUGUGAAAAUAUUGUUUCAGUUAAAUCAAAUUGGAAGUAAUGUUUAGGCCAGAAAAUGUUGGAAAUGUAGAAAUGUUUUCCCCGAUGAUGAUUGAUUGACCGACAUGCAAGUAUGCCUUGCUUUGUGUUAAAUGUUUGGACAUCUACAGGCUUUUAGCAUUAAAUUAAAUGAUUUGAGGACACAUAACAGGGUGGAUACAUACUUAAUCAAAUAAUUUGUAAAGCUGUUUCUACAGUAGGUAGAUACUUAUCUGGUAAAUCCACUAAGUCUUAUCAAAGGUCUAAUGUGUGUUUGUAUUACAAAUAGUCCAAAAGUUGGUUGAAAUAGUUAUAAAUGUACCAUCUUCAAAAUAAAACAAGUCACAUUGGAGACAGUGGGAUGUGUCUUUGUGCCUUCAAAUUAAAAGCGUAUUCGGGACCUUUAUCAUUUGUUGCUUUGUGUACGCCAGUUUUACUGUCUUAAGAAAGCCAUUCCAGGGAUAAAAUAUUCUGACUGAGUUGAUUAUUUUCUCUCUCUAUACUACAGAUAUUGUCAAAUAAUAAAUACAUCUUAUCCAUUUGUAUUCCAUUACUACCAACCCAGUAUGUUAUGCUUUGCAGCCACUGCAGUGAACCAGAAACAGUCAAACAUGCUGGUAGAAUGUAAGAUGUAUGAUGCUGAAAGAAAGAGACUUCUACAGGAUGGGAAACACAGUU